GACGGUUCCUACAGCGGCUGGGCACCGGCUGGGCUCCCGCGUCGGCCCCGCGUUUCAAGCUUGCGCCCGGCCUGUCCUCAACCCGGCUUGGCCCGGCCCCAGCCUCGGAACGAAGGCGCCGCUGCCGCUGGGCCUUUCGCAGGGCCAUGAGGAAGCGGCGGCAGCCACUGUGGCUCGCGUCAAGGUGACCAGCCGAGACUGCAGCGGCGAGAGAGGCGCUCAGGUGCUUGGAUAAACUGGCUACCAGCUGUUUGUUCAUCUUCAGUGUCUGCGAUAGCAGUACCCACCUUAGACAGUCAUUGUACGGAUUCAUGGCAGGUUAUGUCACCAGCAGAGGUGGCACCGAAGCUCCCUGAGGCCUGGAGACUAUGUACAAGAGGAAUGGUCUGAUGGCUAGCGUGUUAGUCACCUCCGCCACUCCACAGGGCAGCAGCAGCUCAGACUCUCUGGAGGGCCAGAGCUGCGACUAUGCCAGCAAGAGCUAUGAUGCUGUCGUCUUUGACGUUCUGAAAGUGACUCCCGAGGAGUUUGCUAGUCAGAUCACAUUGAUGGACAUCCCUGUGUUCAAAGCCAUCCAGCCGGAGGAAUUGGCCAGCUGCGGAUGGAGUAAGAAGGAGAAACACAGUCUUGCCCCUAAUGUUGUGGCCUUUACCCGGAGGUUCAACCAGGUCAGUUUUUGGGUUGUACGAGAAAUUCUAACAGCACAGACUUUAAAAAUAAGGGCAGAAAUCCUGAGCCAUUUUGUGAAAAUAGCCAAGAAACUUCUAGAACUCAACAACCUUCAUUCUCUCAUGUCUGUGGUGUCAGCGUUACAGAGUGCUCCCAUCUUCAGACUGACGAAAACCUGGGCUCUUUUGAAUCGUAAAGACAAGACCACUUUUGAGAAACUGGACUACCUGAUGUCAAAAGAAGACAAUUACAAGCGAACUCGGGACUACAUCCGAAGUCUGAAGAUGGUGCCCAGUAUUCCCUAUCUAGGAAUCUACCUUCUGGAUUUGAUCUACAUUGAUUCUGCAUACCCUGCCUCUGGCAGCAUCAUGGAAAAUGAACAAAGAUCCAACCAGAUGAACAACAUCCUCCGGAUCAUUGCUGACUUGCAAGUGUCCUGCAGCUAUGAUCACCUCACUACCCUACCACACGUGCAGAAGUACCUGAAGUCUGUACGCUACAUUGAGGAGCUCCAGAAGUUUGUGGAGGAUGAUAACUACAAGCUGUCACUCAGAAUCGAACCAGGAAGCAGCUCUCCAAGACUAGUCUCUUCCAAGGAAGAUCUUGCAGGCCCCUCUGCUGGCUCCAGCUCAGCCAGGUUCCGCCGGAGGCCCACCUGUCCUGAUACGUCUGUGGCUGGCAGCCUUCCCACGCCACCAGUCCCCAGACACAGGAAGAGCCACAGCCUGGGCAACAAUAUGAUGUGUCAGUUGAGUGUAGUUGAAAGUAAGAGUGCAACAUUCCCAUCGGAGAAGGCCAGGCACCUGCUGGACGACAGCGUCCUAGAGUCCCGCAGCCCCCGCAGGGGCCUCACCCUCACCUCCUCCACCGCCAUCACCAACGGACUCUCCCUAGGCAGUAGUGAGAGCUCAGAGUUUAGUGAAGAGAUGCCUGCAGGGCUGGAAAGCAGGGGACGUCUCUACGCCACGCUAGGGCCCAACUGGCGGGUUCCAGUUCGGAAUUCUCCCAGAACUAGGAGUUGUGUCUACAGCCCCACGAGCCCUUGCACAUGUACUGUGGGCAGCUCAGCCACUGUGCCCACUAUGGAGGGACCUCUGAGACGGAAAACCCUGCUCAAGGAAGGCCGGAAGCCUGCACUGUCCUCGUGGACCAGGUACUGGGUCGUACUCUCAGGAUCCACCCUCCUAUACUAUGGAGCCAAGUCCUUGCGGGGCACAGACAGAAAACACUAUAAAUCUACACCUGGAAAGAAGGUCUCCAUCAUAGGCUGGAUGGUGCAGCUGCCCGAUGACCCUGAACACCCGGAUAUCUUCCAGCUGAAUAACCCUGACAAAGGCAAUGUUUACAAGUUCCAGACGGGCUCCCGGUUUCAUGCGAUACUGUGGCACAAGCACUUGGAUGAUGCAUGUAAAAGCAACAGGCCUCAGGUACCUGCAAACCUUAUGUCAUUUGAAUAAGUAUCUGCAGGACUUGGCGUGACUUCAAAGGCUUCUGGGAGCCUGGACUAGGUCUGGUGGAGAAGAGCAGCUCUGGGCAUAAGCCGUGGGCCAAGGCACUGGAGCCUCAUAGCUGGACUCGAGGAACAUGGCCUGUAGCCUCACAGUCCUGGAUGGCUCCCCAGUGUGAGAUCCACCUGUCAACCCACAGCGACUCUCAUGACUCAUCCUGCAGCCCCACCCUACAGGGUGGUUGUCAGACCCCAAACUGCGUACCCUAUGCCCCAUCUCUGGGCCGUCGUCUGUCCACCAGCUGCUUCUGCAUCAAGGGAGCAUCUGACCCACGUUGGGUUCUCCGUGCUUUCUUCUGCACACAAAGUGGAUGGCAUUAACCCCUGAGAGGGCUGGAGAGCAGAGACAGGCUGUUGGACAGGCUUGUUACACCCCAAGUGCACGGGCUGCUCACCCAAGGGCCGCCUCAGAUUUUGUUUACCCCCAAAGCAUCCUCUGUGUGUGUGUGCCAUACAUGUGUGUGUGUGUGAGCGAGUGAGUGUGAACUCUCUGAGAAACAUACAUUUUGGCAGAAGACUUGUGACAUCACACACUUAAUAAUGGCUUUGAGGCCCUGCUUAAAGCUUUAGUUCCAGCCUCGUCCUGUAAGAAGAGUCUGAAGGAGUCCAGAAGCUCUGUGUUAAGGGUCCCUCGAAUUCCUUUACUGUAAACAAACGAUGCCUUAAAUCGUGUCUUGUUUUCUGUUCCUAUGGGUGCUAUUCAUCUGGCCCUCCUGGGUCUUGUCAUUGUCAGCUCUCCUGAGGCAGAGUCAGUCUCAGGACCAUGGACUGGAGCACUGGCCUGCUUGUUCCCCACCAUGAGCUCUCCUAGUGGACCUAUGGCCUUCCUCAUCUCGCCCGCUCCCACCAUACUGGCAUGGGAAGUUGUGGCCUUUUCUCCCAGCAGCUUGGAGGCCCCCACAGUGAUCAGUUGGGUAGAAGCUACUCCACCCCAUAUUCUCCCACAGGGCAGAAUUCUGCUCCUGUCUUCUCACCCCGUUGCCACCACUGCCAGGGCAGCCAAACUGAUUCCUGAUCACAGGGAGCUGAGUGACAUGGAGGCCUUAAGCCCCCUCAGUCUUGCCCCUAAAUGUAGUCACCAGCGUGUUCUCCAAGUCCAAGGACCCAGUUGUUGAUGGCCAGGUGACAAGAGAGCCAAGACCUAGGGAGUGAGAUCUCCAGUGUCUGCACCACGAACAAGGAUCUCUCUGACCUCUUGUCAUACGUAAGGUGGCUUUCAUUCACACAUUUUAAUUCUGCUCUUUAUCAUUACAGACGCCCUUUCCCCUCCCCCUUCCCCCUUGAAUCUCGGCACUCCUGCACUGGGAAGAAAAUCCUCAAACAAUUCUCUGCAAAAGGCUGAAUUUCUGGGUUCCUGUGGGUAUCAGGGUUUUACACAGUAACCAGUUAUCAAACCACCCCAAAGAACUUCCAACGAUAAUCAAGAAGCUUCAAACAACACCAUAACCGUGAACUCACCACCAGAAAACCCACUACUGUUUUACAACCAAACAGUGAUACUUCUAUAAAAUGCUAACGACUUGGUAAGGAAGUUGUCAUUACCGUGGAGGUAUGUUUUGGUCAAGCCUUGCUGUCUUCUGAAGCUAAACUUCCUGUGAGCAGAGCCUGGAUAUUUUCAUGCCAGAGAGACUCCAGGUGAUAAAGUCAAUGGCAUCAAAACUUGACCACAGCUGCCUUGCAUAUCUGCCCAUGCCAGGGGUUCAGGUGUGUUCACCAGAUUCUACCAACCUCUCUUCCAGUUAGAAUCCAGAAGAAUGGCAAUGCCAAACACUGCAGACAUCUCUGACUAGAACCAUGUCAUGGUCAUCCUUUAACCCACACCCACCCUGAUCCUGCCCUUUAACUUUUGAAGUUAGAAGCUUGGAUAGAGCUGUAAGACCGGAACAUCAGCUAUAAUUUUCCGUUAGGCUUGUCCACUCUUCAGCUUGUUUUGGGUUCUCACACAUGAAAGAGCAGACAUCAAAAGCCCCAGAAUUUCAGUCUCCACUCAGAACUUUCUGCCCUUUACAGACCUGUCUUACCCAGCACACGUGUUUUCUUUUGGGCCUAAUCUGAAAGAGCACAAUCACAAUUAUUUUUAAAUCACCUAAUCUCCCUAAUUAAAACCAGACUCCCCUCCCAGAAGCAUCCUCACCAAGGACUCUUGAAGAAGCCACUUGGACUUUGUUAGUUAAAAAAAAAACCUUGAAGGUGGUGGAAGAGCUCUGGAGAAAGGGUUAAAAGAUUUGGCUCUCAAGCAGGGCCUUAGACCAAGCAUAUGAGUUCAGUGCUGGCAUCCCCAGUGCUGGCUUGUCCUACAGGUUUCAUGGGACAGAGGCAGGAGUCCUUUGGUGGACUCUUAGCCUGGAAGGAAGCAGUUCUGCUUUGCUCGACUCUUCCCUAGCAGACAGAUACUGUGAGAUUUGGAGGUUUGCACUGUCAUGCAAACAGACUGUGGUGCCCCCAAAGUGAAAUCUGUAGCAUGGUGUCUGAAAUUGGGGUGGACAGCUGCUAAUAUUGUGAAGUCCCAAGAAGAGCCCACCCACUCACUAUGGGGUGACUUCUGUCCCUCUCCAGUGUAUGAGUCUUGUAAUUCAAGGUCAGCUGAGUGCAUGCUGCUGAGCAAAAAGCUUUGUGCAUGCAGCCUGGGUUUGGUGGAAAGCAGCAUAAGCCUUGUCCUAAACAUGCCAGUGGGAGAGUGUGGUCCCUCCCCUCCCCUUCCCUGACCAGAUGCCAUGGGGCGCUUGCCAGAGUGAGAUGCUGAGCAGGUGGACACACUAGAAUUGUUAGUGAAGGACUUACCUUGUCUUGCCAGCGGAUCUCUCUGCCUUUCUUACCAAGAUGGCCAGUGUUUCUUCCACCAUUUUGUUCUUACCUCCCAAGCCUAAGAAAAGUGUGGAUUUUUUUUAUACCAUUUUUUUUUCAGAUAGAAAAUGAUGUGUAAAACUGGGAAGCCAUUUAUAAACCAAGGCUGCUUUAUUCUUCUGGUGGGUUCCACAGCUCUGCACCAGCAUUGCGGCUGCUUGCAACCUCUACUGAAUAUUGCCAAAGCCACGGGCUCCCUUCUGUGUGACCCUUAAGUUGGCCCUAUGUCAUAGUGAUACGUUGGGUGCUUUCAUGUUACAAAAAAAGAAGAGAAAAGACAGCACAAAGCCCCUUUGAAAAUGUAUUUAUUGCAUAAACAUUCAUCUCUCUAGUGAAUACUCCCUGUACAUCAGACUCUACCAAGAAUGAAAAUGGCUAGAAACAAGACAACUCCAAUUUUGGCACUUAGUAGAUCUUACGAGUCAAUGAACAAAUAAUCUCCACCUCACACACCAACUUCGGCAAGCCCUGCUCUCUGCUACCCCAAAUACAAAUCUCGUGCAUUGGUUCUUGCAGAAAAUCUUGAGAAGACCCAAAUAGACUGCAUGGGAUUUCUGUGAGAGUCAGUUGCAUGGAGGACUAGCUGGAGCGCCAUCCCUCACACCAGAUUCUGGCUGACUCUGAGCAGCCAGAUACAGAGCUGUGUUCAAUAAUGGUUACAGGGAGAACGCCAAAGGCAGAACGAGAGAGUAGGGUCUGAAUGCUCGCAGUAUUCACAGGCUCCCUCCUUUUAGUCUUUAACUUCAGUGUCAAGUUCAAAUACAGUAUGAUUGGGCGCUGCGUGUCCCUGGGAGCUGAGAACUUGGACUUGGACUUCAGUCCACCUUGUAACCUGCUGCUGCACAAGUAUGCGUCCUGUGGACAGUCCCAGAGUCCCACUCACAGCGGCAUGGCGUAAACCCUCUGCCUAUUGGAAGGACUAUAACCAUUCAGUAAUUAAAUAAUAGCAAUUCAUUUAUUAGUGAGGUAUAACCUUUGAUAAUUUCGUGCCAAAAUGCAUGGUUUCCCACUUAGCAUUUAAAUGUUGCUUAGAGGGUAGUUUUCAGUUUCUUUCUGUGUUCUUCCAAGUGAACUGAAAAUGAGUUUCUACAUCUUAGUUUGUUUCUUGUUAAAUAUGCUGCAUCCUCCCAAGCUGUCUUUUCCCAGCAGACCCUGCAUGCCGUUGUGUAAGGACUUUCUCUACUAUUUGUAAAUUGUCUCAUCUGCAAUAACCACUGAACAUCAUCCCUCCUUGGGAUUCUUUAGAUUUUUGGUGAAGUAUUUUGUUACCUCAGUCUUGUAUCAAGUUGCUGUAUUUUUCAGCUUGUUACACUGAUAAUAAUUGUUUCACUAAUUAAAUACUUUAAUGUGCAGACAUCUUUGUUUACUUUGAAAUUAAAUGUGUUUUCCAAUGAA